CCAGUGUAAUAAUUUACGAAGUGUUUUUUUUAUAUAUAUAUACAUAUGUGCAUUUCAUAAAUGUAUAUGGUUUUGGAUAAGUUCUAUGUUAAUUAAGUUGAUAUUAUUUUUAUUUUUGUAUUUUUAUAUUUCUUCUGUUUAUCCAAUCAUAUUCACUUGUCCACGUUGGGUGUCCAAUCUAUGCUCUAGAUUAAGGUGAAGGGGGCGGGAAUAAUUGAGGGCAAAGUUGAACGAGGAAGAAUCGGGAAAGCACGAGGGAGAAGAGCGUGCGAUCAUCUGGUGUUAUAUUGUUUCACAAAAUAUAUAGUGUAACUAAUGCUAUAAUGUGUUACAAUAGUUGAUGUAGUUAAGGUGUUGUCGGAAUGAGAACAGAAACUGAUACUACAGAGACGGGUAAGAAUUAUUUAUCCUCAAAAUAUUUCUGGUUGUGUUAAUUCCAGCCUCCAUUUACUAAUGCAGCGAAUGGACUAAUUAUAGAGACUGAACAGUGUCUAUCUUGCUCGGAUGGAUUGUGUGUUUAGUUGGCGAGUCGUCAGCAUGAGGAUUCGUGGCAGUUUCAGAUGAGGAUGAUUACAGAUGACUUGUGAGCUAACGUGAGUGCUCGGAAUUCCUUUGGCCUUAAGGAAAUCGCCGCGAUAGUGGAGUUGACGGACAUCUAACCUCGUGAGGUGAAACACGCUCUUCUGAUUGGAUGGUUCAAGGUAUUUUUAUUUUUUUGUUUGUUGCUCAGUGUUGAGUGAAGCGGUCGUUUGUUUAUUUGUUGACCACAACGUACCCCAGCAUCAAACAGGCCUGCAACGUGAAAAUAACGAACUUUCAUAUUGAUUGAGGUUAAGUGUGAGCUCAUAGUGCCGGCUUAGUAUGGAAUAAAAUCACUUUCAAAAAUAAUCGUACGUAAUUCAAAACAUUUGUGUGUAAUUUUAAUAUACUCAUGCGUAAUUUAAAACUAUUGUACGUAAUUCUGUUUUUUGUCAGAGUUAGAUUCCAAAAUCUACGGCCACGACAGUUUACAGAUACGCGAUUUUGUGUGUUUUUUAGAGUACAACUCUAAAAUGUACGACUGUGACAGUUUACAGACACGGCGCUUUUUUUCACAAUAGCUCUGUUACACACACGACAUGCGAAAUUACGACCACGAAAUGCAGUGUGCGAAACGGCUGUCAAAAAUACGUCAUCAAGGUCACAGGCAUUACUAUCCGAGGGAAGAUGAAUCGAUUCAACGAAGUGCGCAUGCGCCCCACCAAAGUUUUAAACCACUGACGCCGAAAUGGCGGAUCAGCAGCCAAGCGCUCACACCUCGUCUCAGGAAGCUUGUGUUGGGGAGGAUUCAGUGUCUGCUGAGAAUCAUGUGAAUGUGCUACAAAGUGAAACACAUCCAGACACAUGGCUGUCAAAGAACACACGACAGGAACAUUCUCCUGGAGACGCUGAGAAAGCACGGAAGGAAUGUCUGAGGAGGAUGUACUCAAAAAAUACACAUACUUCAGGACACCUACUGGAGGGGACCCGUCUACACCUUUCCUACCAUACACCUGAUGGAUACUGACUGUAAAAUGGCAAUCACAGGAGGAGGGCUCAGUGUGGUGACAGAGACUUGUUAUAGCUCUUAUAUGUCAUUGCUCUUUUUGUUUUUUGAUUGCUUCAACUCUGUCCUCAUUUGUAAGUCGAUUUGAACAAAAGCAUCUACUAAAUGAAUAAAUGUAAAUACUAGUAUAACCUGUGGUACAGAUGAGUGCCAGUCGACUUAUUCCUGAUUCCAUUCUUUUAGAAACCAUGCACAGGAAGCAUAUGUGCUUUUGUUACUCAGUGAAUAGUCAGUAGUACAGUUGUAUUAUAAUAUAAUGGAGAAGGGUCUGGCUGCAGACUUGCACUCUCAGACACUUGCGCUUCUAUUUUUUAUUGGAUAUUUUAUUCUACUUAUUGGUUACUUCUUGUUUGAAUCUCUCAACAUUUGUUUUUCUCUUGUGUAGGUAUGGUUGACUGGAAGUCUGUCAGUCCAGAUGUGAGGAGGACACACAGAGUGGAGCUGGAGCUCAGCAGAUGUGUGAUGCUGUAGAUACUGUGGUCUUGGAAAGAAGGGCAUCUUCACAGCUUUCUAUUCAGACAAAGAGUUUGCUGGAUUCUGUUCUAUGGACUGCUACUACAGAAUGAAUUAAUGAAUGAGUGAUCUAUCUAUCUAUCUAUCUAUCUAUCUAUCUAUCUAUCUUUUUACUUGAAUUGGUGACUGAAACUGAAAGCUAAAUAAAUGUUUUAGUGGAUAAACCUGUGUCUGUUUGCUUAAUUGGUUAAUGUCACUUAAAACAAUGUUACUAAACUCUUCUGACUAAUUUUUAAAUUUAUUAGUGUUUUUUUUUUUUUUUUUUUUUUUUUUUUUUACUAAUUUUUCUUAAUCAGGCAAAACCUAGUUUUCUAGUGUAACACUUUACAAUAAAGUUAAAUUUGUUGACUGAUGUAUUAACUAACAUUAACUAUGAAUAAUGCAUUUGAUACAGUAUUUAUUAAACUUUGUUAGUUUAUAAAAAUACAGCUGUACGUUGUUUGUUCUUCUUAGUUCACUAAUGUUAACAAAUACAGCUGACUUUAAAUGACUUUAACUUAAGAACAUCAAUUGCGACUAACCAUCAAAAACAAUUGUAAUCUGUUUUUGAUUAUUGAUAAACUAAGACCUAAAAGUGUGGUGGUGAUUACGUCAGUAAGCCGUUUUGAAGGUACUUUCGAAAGUAAUUUAAAAUAAUAUUAUUUACAUCAUUAACGCUGUUUUUACAUUGGAUACAUUUAAAUUGGUUUUAUAGGAUUAUGUGUUUAAUUUAUCACUUUCUAUGAAUCAAUAGCGAUUAAGAGUAUGACUCUUCGUUGAAUCGAUUCAUCUUCCCUCGGAUAGUAAUGCCUGUGACCUUGAUGACGUAUUUUUGACAGCCGUUUCGCACACUGCAUUUCGUGGUCGUAAUUUCGCAUGUCGUGUGUGUAACAGAGCUAUUGUGAAAAAAAGCGCCGUGUCUGUAAACUGUCACAGUCGUACAUUUUAGAGUUGUACUCUAAAAAACACACAAAAUCGCGUAUCUGUAAACUGUCGUGGCCGUAGAUUUUGGAAUCUAACUCUGACAAAAAACAGAAUUACGUACAAUAGUUUUAAAUUACGCAUGAGUAUAUUAAAAUUACACACAAAUGUUUUGAAUUACGUACGAUUAUUUUUGAAAGUAAUUUUAUUCCAUAGCUUAGUAUUUGUUUGAAGAGUUUAUUAAGUUUGAGUAAGAGUUUGAUGACUCAAAUUUGAAGUAUAACAACAGAGGGGAACAAAUAUCCAUUUACAAAAAGAGUGAAUGUGAAAUGUGUACUUGAUUUUAUUGUUUUAUUCAUUUGUGUGAAUUUGUGAAAUUCAUAUUGCUUAUUUAAAUAAUUUUAUUUUACAUUUGGAAAAAAUCCUGAAACGUGAUCAUUUUACCUUUUAUCCAGUAAAUUGUUAUUUACAAUCUACUUGAGUGUUUUCCGUUUAUUAUUAUUUGAGUUAAAAAGAAAAUAUAAAUAUACAUUGAUAUUUCUUUGAUUGUUAAAACAAUUGAUUUAUUUACAGAAGUUAAAUUCUUAUUCAUUAUUAUUUGAAUUUAUUUUAAAGAUUAAGGGACCCAAGGAACUAAGUAACAAACACAGUUACAUAGAACAAGUUGAAGUGAGUAAAUAAGAACACUUAGCUCACAAUAUUUGAUAAACCAAAGUUUAUUCAUACGAACUCAGAGCGCACCAUUAUCUAUCUAUAUAGGAAAGGGAAAAAAGCGCUACAUAAAUUGGAGGCACCGCUGGGAUCCUUGCGUGUUCCAUUACAGUUGUGUGUUGUAAAAAAAAAAAAAAAAACAAGAAACAAAAGUCUCCGCCUUCAUCUUAUUAGCACAGUGUGGCCAUGACUGCUUACUCUAUAUAUCCUGGUCUGGUGGAUGAGCUUAAAGGAUGGUGUCGAGGAGAAAUGCUUAAUGAGGCACAUGCGCUGAUGGUCAUUGUCCCUGAAGAUGUAGAAAUUUCUCAAAUAGAAGACACCCUCCAAUCUGUUAAAUGUCUGGGACGAGUGCGUGUGAGAGGACGCAUGUACAACAGUAAACUGGAUAGUUUGACUGUUUUAUGUGAAUGCAAAGAAGUUGUAGACUUUUCUAAAGUCCCUCCUGACAUACUACCCACAGGCGGACUUGUAGCCUGGCCGAUUGUCAUGGUGACACAAAGUCCAGUAUCCCCAAGUGCUCCCUCUAGGGCAGAGCAUUCAUCUACCGCUGUGGAUGAUGGCAACAUUCAGGAAUUGUUGGGUGCACAUGAUGGCUCGGCUGAGUCCAUUAUUCGUGCCGUGGGGGAUCUACUGUCUAAAAUAGAAAAACCAGUUAGUGAUAGCAGCAGUUAUCGCCGCCUCCGUGUUUUUUCUGGGACUGUGCCAACUCCUGCCGGAGAAGAGCCUUUAGAACAUUGGCUAGAACAAGCUCGUCUUAUGGUUGAGGAAAGCGAUUGCUCAGACAAAGAAAAAAGACGUCGGAUUAUGGAGAGUUUACGAGGGCCAGCCUUGUCAAUAAUAAAAGCUGCUCGUGUAACUACUGCUGAUCUCAAGCCAGAACAAUGUUUAGAGGCCAUUGAAAGUGCCUUUGGUUCUGCUGAAUCAGGGGAAGAGCUGUAUAUUGCUUUUCGGUUGAUGCAGCAACAGCCAAGGGAAAAACUGUCCGAUUUUUUAAAAAGAUUAGAACAAGCAUUGACCAAAGUCAUACAGCGAGGUGGUCUGUCGGUUGCAGCUGCAAACCGUGUAAGAGUGGAACAGUUACUUCGUGGAGCAGUGGCUGCUGAUCUUAUGUUAGUUAAUCUUAAACUGAGGGAAAGGAAGGAAAAUCCUCCAUCCUUUUUGGAGUUGUUGAGUGAGAUUCGCAGUGAGGAAGAAUAUGAGGCAUCAAGGGCUAAGCUAAACUCCACUGUGCAUAAGAUCCAGGCUAAAGCAGAGGUAGACAAUAAGCAGACAGAAAUCCAGACUUUAAAAACUGAGUUAAAGGAACUGAAAGCCAUGUUUGCUUCUAUGGCAGCCACCCAGCAUGGAACUGUGAAAGAAGAGACAUCUGCUGGUUCAAGUAUGAAAACUACAACCUUUGAAAGUUGUCCAGACCCUGAAGUGACUGCGCUGAAAAAACAGGUCAAAAGAUUGCAGCAGAAAGUUCAAAGUAAAAAGCCUAUUGCCUCUGUGGCCUCCUUGCCUGUGGAGACUUCUAGAAAUUUCCCUGGUACAUAUAAGCCAACAACGUACAGUGAUUCGGAGGAAUAUUACUGCUACCGCUGUGGAGAAAGUGGACACUUCGCCGCAAAAUGCAGAAAUGCUGAAAACCAAGCAAAAGUUGUUCGAAGAUUAAUCCAGUCACUGAAAAAAGCCAAAAGUAGAGACUUGCUUUCAUCUGAGCCAACAUCCAGUACAACCAACUGUUCAGUAAAAAGGAGUGCUGUAGACAUACAAAAGCAAAGGCACCUUCCAGAAGGCUUGGUUGGUCCAAUGUCUGUUGUUCAGCUAAAGGUGAACGGACAUGAAUGUGAUUCCUUAUUAGACAGUGGUUCACAAGUAACCAUCAUCUUCGAAGCGUGGUACAAGCAGCAUCUGUCUGAUGUUCCAAUUCACCCAGUCACAGGUUUGGCAAUUUGGGGUUUAAGUGAGUCCAGCUACCCUUACUUGGGUUAUGUGAUGGUAGAUGUUGAGUUCCCUGCCAAAAUCACAGGAACUCAUGAAACCCUUUCAGUCUUGGCCUUAAUCUGCCCGGGACCAUGUAGUCCAGAUCAAACACCAGUUAUUUUGGGUACCAACGCUAACCUUUUCAAGCGUUUGGCUCGUUUGUGUAGAGAAAGUGCUGGAGUGGACAUUGCACAGACAUUGGGCAUAAAUGUGGAUUCAGUUUCCGAAGAAUUGUCAUGUGACCCUGCUAGGAUCUCUGGUGAAGACGAAGGAGUGGGCAGUGUAAGGUGGCUUGGUCCUGGCCCUUUGUCCUUGUCCCCUGGAGGGGAUUGUGUGGCAAUCUGUAAUGUAGAGUUAAAUGAACCAUUAGGAGAAGAGGUUCUGUUGGUAGAGGCUUCUCCAGAUGCCACUCUGCCAGUUGGAGUGUUACUGCAGCCCAUGGUAGUGCCACAUUCUGAAAUGGAUGUUCACCAUUUUCCAGUACUGAUGCACAAUGAAUCCCUGAAGGACACAGUGAUUCCAGUAGGAACAGUGGUUGGUCACUUGUAUUCUGCAGAACCAGUAAUAUCCACCCCAAAGACAGGAGAGUUUGAUACAAACCUCAUUAACUUUGGAGAUUCCCCAAUUCCUGAGACAUGGAAGCAGAGGUUAAGGCAGGCAUUGUCGGAAAGAGCUUCUGUGUUUUCACUACACGAGUGGGACGUGGGUUUGGCGAAAGGAGUGGAACACCAUAUUCGGCUAUCCGAUUCUAGGCCUUUUCGUGAGCGCUCUAGGCGUUUGGCUCCUGCGGAUAUUGAUGAUGUUCGGAAACACAUUCAAGAGCUUAUGAAAUCUGGCAUCAUCAAGGAGUCACGAAGUCCCUACGCCUCCCCUAUUGUUAUCGCCCGAAAGAAAAAUGGAAGUGUAAGAAUGUGCAUCGACUAUCGCACACUUAAUGCUCGUACAGUGCCUGACCAGUAUACUACUCCUCGCAUUGACGAUGCACUAGACUGUUUAUCAGGGAGUAGAUGGUUUUCCGUCCUUGACCUCAGAAGUGGUUAUUACCAAAUAUCUAUGUCUGAAGAGGAUAAGGAAAAAACUGCUUUUAUAUGCCCCUUAGGAUUCUAUCAAUUCGAGCGUAUGCCACAGGGCAUUACUGGGGCACCCGCGACUUUCCAACGCUUGAUGGAAAAAGCUGUGGGGGAUAUGAAUCUGAUUCAAGUCCUUGUAUACCUGGAUGACCUGAUUGUCUUUGGGAAGUCAUUGGAAGAGCAUGAAGAAAGACUUCUGAAGGUCUUGGACAGACUAGCACAAGUGGGACUAAAAGUGUCAUUGGACAAAUGCCAAUUCUGCCAGACCAAGGUCAAAUAUGUUGGACAUAUAGUCUCUGCCGAAGGCGUUGCAACAGACCCUGAUAAGGUCAAGGCAGUCAGCACAUGGCCGCAACCAACAGACCUUAAGUCCUUGAGAUCUUUUCUUGGCUUCUGCGGAUAUUACCGUAGGUUCAUAGCCAACUACGCUGCGAUUGUCCGACCUCUUACUGAGCUUACGAAAGGUUAUGCCCCUACCCAGCGAGGUAAAAAGUGGGAAAAAGAUCGAUCUAAGGCUUACUUGAAAGAGUCGGAGCCUUUCGGAGACAGAUGGAACCAGUCAUGCUCUGAUGCCUUUGAGCAGAUAAUUCAGUGUCUUACUAAUGCUCCAGUCCUAGCUUUUGCAGACCCCUGCAAACCCUACAUUUUGCAUGUAGAUGCCAGUCUAAAAGGGCUAGGUGCUGUAUUAUAUCAGGAGCAUUCAUCUGGUCUGCAGCCUGUGGCAUUUGCUAGUAGAAAACUGAGUAAUUCAGAGCAGAAAUAUCCUAUACACCAGUUGGAAUUUCUUGCUUUGAAAUGGGCGGUUGUGGAUAAAUUCCACGAUUACCUAUAUGGAGCUAGAUUCACAGUACGUACGGAUAAUAAUCCACUUACGUACGUUCUUACGACAGCUAAACUCAGUGCCACUGGACAUCGUUGGCUGGCUGCUCUAUCCACCUACGACUUUGAUGUGUUGUACAGACCAGGCAAGAACAAUACUGAUGCAGAUUUACUGUCCCGUAAUAUGGCAGAUGAGGAAAUAAGAGAGGGUUGGCAAAGCAUCUCUGAGACCGAUGUAAGGGCCAUAUGCCAGGAAGUUCAUGUUGACUUAAAGCUCAGCAAAUCACCUAGGUAUGUAGAGCAACUAGCAGCCUCACCUGAGUGUAUUCCUGAUGUGUAUGCUUUCCCUGUUCAACUGGAAUGUGACUUCUUGGACCAGAAAUCCAUAGCUGAUUUGACAAGAGCCCAAAAGAAUGAUGUUGUCCUGAGGAAAGUAAUUGAAGCUUUAAAGCAAGGGACGUGGCCUACUGAGGUAAAGGUGAAUUCUGAGUUGUGGCUUAUGAAACGUGAGAAGAAUAGGCUUCUAAUUAAAGAAGGUUUGCUUUUCCGAUGCAGUCAAACACCCUCUGGAGAAGAAGUUUCCCAACUUGUCCUACCUACUGAAUUCAGGGAGGAUGUGUGCAGGUUGUUGCAUGAUGACAUGGGUCAUCUGGGUGUAGAAAGAACCACAGAUCUCAUCAGGAGUAGAUUCUACUGGCCCAAAAUGGCCUGCGAGGUGGAACAAUACAUAAAGAAUUGUGGGGAGUGUAUUACUCGCAAGACACCAUGUAGUAAAGCAGCUCCUUUGCACCAAAUUACCAGCAAUGGACCGAUGGAUCUGGUCUGCAUUGAUUUCCUCUCACUUGAGCCCGACUCAAAAGGAAUAAGUAACAUCUUGGUAGUCACAGAUCAUUUUACACGGUACACCCAGGCGUUUCCCUCAAGGAAUCAGACAGCUCGCACUGUAGCCAAGAUCUUAGUGGACAAGUAUUUUGUGCAUUAUGGCUUACCUGGGAGGAUCCAUUCCGACCAAGGGCGAGACUUUGAGAGUAAUUUAAUCAAAGAGCUCUUGCUUCUGUUGGGGAUUCGAAAAUCACGUACCACUCCGUACCACCCUCAAGGUGAUGCUCAGCCUGAGAGGUUUAAUCGUACCUUGCUCUCGAUGUUGGGAACCUUGGGACAUGAGAAAAAACGUCAGUGGAGUCAGCAUGUGGGGUAUCUGGUUCAUGCCUAUAAUAGCACGAAAUGUGAUGCUACAGGGUACUCUCCCUACUAUUUAAUGUUUGGAAGGGAAGCAAGACUCCCUGUUGAUCUUUGUUUCCAAACAUCUGCUGAAGGAACAGAGGAAAGACAACAUUUUCAGUAUGUCGCCAAGCUGAAAAAAGAUUUAAAAGAAGCUUAUCAACCAGCCUCAGAAGCUUCAAACAAAGUGCAUCAACGAAACAAAAGAGCCUAUGACAGCAGCAUUAAAUUCCAGGUCUUGGAUGUUGGUGAUAGAGUGUUGUUGAAGAAUCUGGGACUGAGAGGAAAACACAAGCUUCAGAGUCGAUGGAGUUCUUUGCCAUAUCUGGUAGUUGACAAAAUGCCUAACUUACCAGUGUAUAAGGUGAAACCUGAACGUGGUGGAGGUGUCAAAACUAUACAUCGAGAUCACCUCUUACCGAUUGGACAGUCUGUGAGAAUGCUGGAGAGUCCAGGUUAUGCAUUACCUGAAAAGACAAGAAAACAUUCAAAUUCAAACCAAACACACAAAAAAGUGCAAAAAGAAACCCAAAAUCACUUAUUUGAGAUGACAGAAUCCUCAGAGUCAGAAUGUGAAAGGGUUAAUGUGCCUUACCAGAAAUAUGUGCACAAGUUGCUGAAAAAUAAGAGGACCAGGGACAGAUCUCCUGAUAGCGAUGGAAAUGAGCAAGAAGCUGAUGAUACUGGUCAUGAGGAAAGUGAUCAGGCUGAGGAAGAGUGGACUGAAAAUGAUAAUGUUGCUGAAUCUGAGUCAGACUCAGAAGUUGAAUCAGACACUGUGACUGUUUCUGAAAGGAAGUGUAAAAAACCAAAAGCGGUUAUGCCUCCUAGUCAGAGAGCCCAUAGUAAGAGACCUGUGAAGCCUGUUAUAAGACUCACUUAUGACGAACCAGGAAGAAGUAGUGACCACCCAAUUGAAAUUGUCCAUAGAGGGGUCAUUAUAAGACUAGGUCAGAGUUAAAAUAACUAAAUGAACAACCAAGUAUAGACUGUAAAAUUUUGAUUUAAAUGUCUGAUGAGGCCAUUCAGACAAUUGGAAAGGGGAGGGUGUAACCCAGUGUAAUAAUUUACGAAGUGUUUUUUUUAUAUAUAUAUACAUAUGUGCAUUUCAUAAAUGUAUAUGGUUUUGGAUAAGUUCUAUGUUAAUUAAGUUGAUAUUAUUUUUAUUUUUGUAUUUUUAUAUUUCUUCUGUUUAUCCAAUCAUAUUCACUUGUCCACGUUGGGUGUCCAAUCUAUGCUCUAGAUUAAGGUGAAGGGGGCGGGAAUAAUUGAGGGCAAAGUUGAACGAGGAAGAAUUGGGAAAGCACGAGGGAGAAGAGCGUGCGAUCAUCUGGUGUUAUAUUGUUUCACAAAAUAUAUAGUGUAACUAAUGCUAUAAUGUGUUACAAUAGUUGAUGUAGUUAAGGUGUUGUCGGAAUGAGAACAGAAACUGAUACUACAGAGACGGGUAAGAAUUAUUUAUCCUCAAAAUAUUUCUGGUUGUGUUAAUUCCAGCCUCCAUUUACUAAUGCAGCGAAUGGACUAAUUAUAGAGACUGAACAGUGUCUAUCUUGCUCGGAUGGAUUGUGUGUUUAGUUGGCGAGUCGUCAGCAUGAGGAUUCGUGGCAGUUUCAGAUGAGGAUGAUUACAGAUGACUUGUGAGCUAACGUGAGUGCUCGGAAUUCCUUUGGCCUUAAGGAAAUCGCCGCGAUAGUGGAGUUGACGGACAUCUAACCUCGUGAGGUGAAACACGCUCUUCUGAUUGGAUGGUUCAAGGUAUUUUUAUUUUUUUGUUUGUUGCUCAGUGUUGAGUGAAGCGGUCGUUUGUUUAUUUGUUGACCACAACGUACCCCAGCAUCAAACAGGCCUGCAACGUGAAAAUAACGAACUUUCAUAUUGAUUGAGGUUAAGUGUGAGCUCAUAGUGCCGGCUUAGUAUUUGUUUGAAGAGUUUAUUAAGUUUGAGUAAGAGUUUGAUGACUCAAAUUUGAAGUAUAACAACAGAGGGGAACAAAUAUCCAUUUACAAAAAGAGUGAAUGUGAAAUGUGUACUUGAUUUUAUUGUUUUAUUCAUUUGUGUGAAUUUGUGAAAUUCAUAUUGCUUAUUUAAAUAAUUUUAUUUUACAUUUGGAAAAAAUCCUGAAACGUGAUCAUUUUACCUUUUAUCCAGUAAAUUGUUAUUUACAAUCUA